UCAAGUGUUCAGUUGCGUAGUCAGUCACACUUUGGUACACAAGAUACUGAGGUUGGGUGAGAGACAGAGGAGACGGGACAGAGCAGCCACUGGUUGAUCAUUGACACUCGAGCUAAAGGAGGGCACAGACAGCCUGCCCUAUGUGUGGCUCCUCUCAAGGCUUCACAGCCUGCAGCUCUGAAUGCAGCUCAACCAUGUUGACCUCAGAGAAAUCUCCACAGAGAAUAGGAGUCAUAAGUACGGCAAUGGCGGGGACAGAGGAUGUAGAUAUGACAUCAUGGAGUGAGCCAGAGUUUGAGGAGAAGUGCACUUACAUCGUGAACGACCAGAAUCUGGAGGAAGAAUCCGAAAAUUGUGGCAAGACACGAGCUGAGAGAUCACUGCCCAGAAACCUUGCCCUAAAACGCCGCCACAACUCAACAGAGGUACUUGGAGUUAUCAGUAAGGAGCUGAUUCCCAAGGGGACUCGUUUUGGGCCCUUGGUCGGGGAAAGUUCCACCAAUGAAAAAGUGCUGAAAAAUGCAAGCAGGAAACACCUUUGGAGGGUCUUCUUGGAGGGACGUUCGCACCACAUCGUUGACUGCUGGGAUGAGCAGCAGAGCAACUGGAUGCGCUACGUCAACAAAGCGCGUGCGGUCGAGGAACAGAACCUGGUUGCAUGUCAGAACGGCUUGGACAUCUUCUUCUACACUACCACACCGCUUCAGCCGGGGCAGGAGCUCCUAGUGUGGUACUGCUCAGAAUUUGCUCAGCGCUGCGGCCUACCUCCCCUCCAACAACAGAUUGUUAACAGAAAUGAACAACAGCCAGCUCACCAGAACACCACAGCAAAACGUGGACACAGUGUCUCUGAGAUCCUCCGAGAUGAGCCCUCCAACUCCUGGUCUUCCUGCCACAGACUCCUGGGGAAUCCUUUGUCUCAGGCCCGUGUCCCACCUGUUUUUCCCCUCUGCCCCAGCAUUGUCUACCCAAUCCAGCCCAUCUCAGAGUCUAUCAGGGGUCACGGAUAUGCGCCUAUGUCAUCUCUGCCCUCAUGCACUCCUCCAGCUGCCAAACAGCCAGCACUGAGUGGCCCUGUUCCCUCACAUUUGCACCUCAGCUUUCAGCACAGUCAAGCCCCUGUCAAAUCCAAACCUCACCAAGUGACCUCUGUGCCUGACCACGCUCAUUCUGCUCUAAGGCACAGUCACUAUCUACUGCCUCACUACUCAUUUGGCUUUCUACCUCCUUCAUACCCAUUCUACAAUGAUCAGCUGAAGCCUCACUUGAACCUGGCAUCAAAUUUCUUGCCUUAUGACCACUAUGCACACUUGCUACAGCCUUUACCAGGUGGGUGCAAAAACUUGACACUUGCACCAUUUGAAUCCAAACAAGAUCUCAUUCUUUCACCAACCACAGAGCAAAAAGACUGCAAGGACCUGGUCACCCAAAAGAACGACUACCUCAAGGACCCCUCAAGUGACCUCAAAGAUGAUAAGCAUUAUGCCAGCAGCACAGUUCACACAGACCUUAUUAAAUCUCCCGAGGCCAGAGCCUCACCCAUUGACACAGAACUCCGAGGAGUAUCGUCCUCUCUUGCUUCCAGGCCAUGCUCCCCACCAGUGUGCAUGGCAGCCUCGCCAAACUACCCUUCUUCUAAAACCUCCUCUGACACCCAAGGCAGCGAUGGGGAUGCAAUGGACUUGAGGAGGAUGAAGCGAGAGGGGCAGCUCAUUGGCUACAAAACCCUGUCCUAUCCCCUGACAAGACAGAAUGGAAAGAUCCGGUAUGAGUGCAACAUUUGUCGAAAGGUCUUUGGGCAGCUGUCCAACCUCAAGGUCCAUCUGCGAGUGCACAGUGGCGAGCGUCCCUUUAGGUGUCAGACCUGCAACAAGAACUUCACUCAGCUGGCACACCUCCAGAAACACUACCUGGUCCACACAGGAGAGAAGCCCCAUGAGUGCAAGGUGUGCCGUAAGCGUUUUAGCAGCACCAGCAACCUGAAGACCCACCAGCGGCUGCACUCGGGUGAGAGGCCUUACCAGUGCAAGCUCUGCCCGGCCCGCUUUACUCAGUUCAUUCAUCUAAAGCUCCACAAACGGCUGCACACCGGGGAGCGACCCCACCGCUGCCCUCGCUGCCCCUGCGCGUAUCUCCACCUCUGCAGCCUGCAGGUGCACCUCCAAGGCUUCUGCCCUCUCUCCCCCUCGGCCUCCCGCAGGCAUUCGCCAGAGGAACUACAGCGCGUCAACUCGGAGAUCGAGAGGUUUGACAUGAGUGAAACUGCAGAGCAGCUCGAGGUCAUGACUACAGAGGCCGAGAUGGAUAAGGGGAAUAUUGUUGACUUGAUUCAGAGGAUCAAGACUCAUGUCUCAGACCACCAGAGUGGUGCCAGUGGGGAGAGAAAGCUGAGCGUUUACAGAUCGGCAAAGGAGUGUUCUAGUGCUCAACGGCAUCACGGCAGUCCUCUGUGCCUGAAACCAGCAAGCAUCAAGCUGGAGUCAGGCUACAUUUCAAAGACUUAAGACUGCCUGCUAAUCCAACCAAAUAAUCCUUACAGGUCAACUAGGCAGCUGUCUGUCACUGCCCUAUUUGAAGUAAAGCCUCAUCUGAAUCAUGGAUUGGCUAGCCUACACUCUACAGGGACUGUAGACAAGACACAAGAUUUUGCCAGCAGUGCCCAGGAAAGUUGACUUACUGAUUUAAUGCCGAUAUUUUUGUUAAUUUAUUCUAUUGCAAAUCUUAAUCCAACAAAUAUAUUGCGAUAUUUUCUACUAUUUUCUUUGUAACUCUGAAUUAUCUUGAUGGAAAAACAAUAAAACAUGUGAUUAUUCAU